GGGGAGGUGACCGGACCGUAGCUAGGCCCACACCUGGCAACUCCCACCGAGCUCGUCUUCGGUUCCAGGGCCUAGCAGGAGCCUGCGAGCCCGGGAAGUUGCCCACCUUCCCAGGGACGCUUUCCCCUAAGGCUGGGCUCGGCCUCCUUCUGUCCCUGGGGGGAGCCGAGCCCCUCGUGCCACUGGGCGAGUCCCCGGGCCUGGGCCACCGCUGCCGGCAGAGGGUCCCGAGUCGGGGGCGGAGUGCCAGCGCGGGAAUCCCGGCUUUGUCCCGCCCCUGCCGCUCUCAGGCGCGCGACCGGAAGUGGCGGCUGACCCGGAAGUGGCGGCGGCGCUGGGCGAUGGCGGAGAAGUUCGACUCGCUGGAGGAGCAGCUGGAGAAGUUCGUGGAGAACAUUCGGCAGCUCGGCAUCAUCGUCAGUGACUUCCAGCCCAGCAGCCAGGCCGGCCUCAACCAGAAACUGAAUUUUAUGGUUACAGGCUUGCAAGAUAUUGACAAGUGCCGACAGCAACUUCACGAUAUAAGCGUACCUUUAGAGGUUUUUGAAUACAUAGAUCAAGGCCGUAAUCCCCAGCUUUACACUAAAGAGUGUUUGGAAAGGGCUUUGGCUAAAAAUGAACAAGUAAAAGGCAAAAUUGACACGAUGAAGAAAUUUAAAAGCCUAUUGAUUCAAGAACUGACUAAAGUCUUCCCAGAGGACAUGGCCAAGUACAAAGCUAUUCGAGGAGAAGAACCUCCUCCUUAAGACUGCCUUUGGUGCUGUACUUCCAUGUAACUUUGUCAACCACAACCAAAAAGUCCCCUUCAGACCUGUGAAUGGAAGGACAGGUGGCUGAUGAUGGAAAAAUUGAAUUUUCAAGGAUGGCCUCCCAUUAGUGCUUUAUAUUUUGUACAGCAUUUGAUGCAGAAACAAAUCUUUUAUUAAGUGUAUUGCAUUUUCUUUGGGCAAAAUAUAUAAUAAACACUUUGAAGUGAAUUUUGUAGCUAGUUCUUCUAGUAUGUUUCUGUUCAUUCCAUCCCAAUAUAUUUUUCAAGAAAAUAAUAGAGAAAGCUUGUAUAAAUUAGCACAAGGCUCAGAAUAAUAGAAAUCAUGUUAGCAUAUCUAAAUCUUUUGAGAAGUCGUAGAUUAGACUGAAUUACACCUGAAAAUAACUUAUUACUUGGGAUUAUCUUUGUUUUUAACCAAAAAUUUUAAAAUUCUCUCAUGGUGGUAGGUAACUUUCUUGAUUACAGUGGUAUGCAUUUAAGUGGUCCAAACUAGGUUUUGAAACUAGUUUCAUUUGAGAUUAAUAGGUCAUGUAGUUACAUGUUCACAGCUAUUUGUUUGUUGUAGGUGCUUGAAAGAUUAGUUUAACAGGAUCACCAUGCAGUGCUGUACUGUACAUAGUGAAAGGCUAGCUUCACAGUGGAAAAGGCUGAAAACGUCCCUACUUUUACUGUGUUAGGGAGGCAUUCAAAUAGUAGCAGAUAUGCCUUUUGUUAUAAUACUUAACAUUUCACUGAUGUUGGUCUGUAUAUUGAGAUUUAAUUUGUUUAUUUAAAAUCUUGCUGAAUUAUUUGAUCGCACUUGUUACCGUAAAGCAGCUCACUUACCAACAGCAUAAAUAGAGAAUACAAAUGUUAUGUUUGCAUUUGGUUCAAGUCACUUAUAUAACUCAUGAAUGCUACACUUGCACACGCAUGUAUUCUGUAUAUGCUAUGAGCUUUACAGCAACUGUUCUAGCUCCUGUUUAUAUUUAAUAAAACUAGAAACAGCAA